AUGAUAGAGGGCGACUUUGUCAUUCUCCGCCCCCGGAGAGAUGAUGGCAACGAUGGUCUCAUGUUCAGACUCGACCCUGAAAAGACCCAAUCGACUCAUCAUGGUGCCUUCACCCACUCAUCCAUCAUUGGCAAAGAGCCACGCCAGACAGUCCUGUCAUCUAGACAAGUAGGCUACCGAGUGCACGCGCCUACGUUGGCAGAAUAUGUUCGCUUGUCGCGACGUCUCGUUACGCCUCUGUACCCUCACGACGCGAACUUGAUAGUGUCCCUCCUUGACAUCCAUGUCGAUCCUGCCGACCCUGGACCACCACUCGAAAUCCUAGAAGCGGGCACAGGCCAUGGAGCCUUGACGCUGCACCUGUCACGAGCAAUACACGCUGCCAACCCGCCUCUUCCUCGAGAAACACCGGAUUCCGCAUCUCUGGAGGACGGGUCUGACGAAGCCGCAUGCCUAGCAGAAACGAGUGUGGACUCUGCCGAAAGUGACACACUUGACGAAUCUUGGAGAGCAAAACGACGAGCAGUUGUGCACACCAUAGACAACGUACAGAAACAUAGCCAGCACGCACAAAAAGUCGUAUCGGGAUUCAGGAACGGCAUGUAUUAUCGCAACAUCGAUUUCCAUGUAGGAGACGUCUCGGAGUGGAUUGCUCAGCAGAAGGAAUCAAGAAAGACGGACCAGACGUUUCUAUCUCACGUCAUCCUCGACCUACCAGCAGCAAACAGUCAUCUUGCCAAUAUAAUUCCGGCGUUGCAUGUCAACGGGAUUCUCGCCGUCUUCAAUCCGAGUAUCACUCAGAUUGUCGACUGCGUGAAAACUGUUCGCGAACACAAAAUGCCCUACCUCCUCGAGCAGGUCAUUGAGCUCGGCGCAGGUACAAUCCGCGAAUGGGACGUACAAGUGAAACAAAAGCGGGAGUCACAGGCGGCUAAGCCCCAAAAAGAACGCCGUGUCGCCGUGUCUUCUCCAAGGCCUCUGAACGACUCUAUCGAGGAAUCGCUUGACACCAUUGCAUCGACGAAGGAUGAUGAAUCUGUUGAUCCGGAGCUUUCUCGCGCACAAGAAACUGGCAACCCUUUGGAGUCUUCGAGCAAUGAAUCUACGGUUACAGGAAAGGAACAAAACGGGCAAGAUGAUGGGCCAGCAGAGGCUAUAGAAUGGGUGCAAGUAUGCCGUCCCAAAGCCGGCCAGAGGGUGAUUGGAGGCGGGUUCCUAGCCCUCUGGAGAAAGAUGGAGCGAGCUGGGUUUGAGUUUCCGAAAGAAUAG